CCAGUCCACUAAAUCGCACACUCGUUGACCGCGUGUUUCCAACACCUCCGCACAUAGAACCGAAGUACGUCGUCAUUUGCGCUCCCAACCAAAACAAAAUAUUGUCAAACAAGCUCUUCAUUUCCAUGUGGACUCUAGUGUAGUGUGGACGUAAGAUGUUUGAAGACUUUUGCCAGAAUACCGAUCCGUGUAAAAAACAUAACAAAAUACUACGAUUUUAUCAAAUGAUAAGUGAGUUUUGGUAGUAUACCAAAGGACCUAUUAACUGAUAUUUGACGAGUGGUAAAAAAAGUUUUUCCGGCACAAUGUGGUGUUUGAUCAGUCAACCAAAUUCUGUUGUUUUUGAAGUAAGAGUCGAUCCAAAGGCUAUCGGACAAGAAUGUCUCGAAAAGGCCUGCGAGUAUCUCGGCAUCACCCACGAGGCUGACUACUUCGGCCUGAAGUACGAGAACAGCCGUGGCGAAGAGCUCUGGUUGAACCUGAGGAAUCCGAUCGACCGACAGGUCAGCUGUCACACCGUGCCUCUGAGAUUCUCGCUGCGUGUCAAGUUCUGGAUACCGCCCCAUCUCCUGCUGCAGGAUACUACAAAGCACCAAUUCUACCUGAACGCAAAGCAUGAUCUCCUGGACAAAUCGCUGCUGGUGGACAACUGGGACACGGCAGCCUACUUAAUAGCGUUAAUAGCUCAAGCGGAAGAGAUCGACUACGACCCGAUCCAUCCUCCUCACGCCAUCUACAUGCAGACAUCAUCGAUAUCUGCCGUGGAUUGCUCAGAGAAACCGCAAGAUCUCCUUCACAAAAUAAUCGAAGAGCAUAAACGUCUUAAAGGGGGCAAGAGAUCCACUGCUGAGUACUGGCUGUUGAAAGCGGUGUCGGAACAAGAGACUUUUGGAGAGGAGCGAUUUCACGCGGUUGCCAAGCAACAACCGCACGAAGCCCUCUCCAUAGGGGUAGGACCACAUGGUAUUACGAUAUCGUCGGAAAACAAGGACAAGCAACUGAUAACCUUCAGUAGCGUCAUAUCGGCCUCUUCCCAGAAGAGGAACUUCAGAUUCGGGUAUCUCCUGGAAGAUGGAAGUACCACGGAAUUGGAAGUGAAACUGGAUUCCAGCCAUCUGGCCAGCGGACUGUACAGAGCACUGACUGAAAAACAUGCAUUUUAUAGCUGUGAGACCGUCACCAGCGCCGUCAUGGCUCAGUGCAUCAGGGACCUAAAGGGCAUACUCGUGUCCAUCUUCAAUGAGGAUUCAAACCAAGGCAAAAAAUACGUAUUUGACAUACGGAGGACGUGUAGAGAGGUCUACGACGGAGCAAGACGUGCCAUAUAUCAGGAAAACAACCUGCAGUCGAGUGAACAGUCGAAUACCAAGUGCCAAGACCAUGAGGAUAACUGCAAGGACUCACAGGACAAAUACCUUCGGCUUUUGGACAGCAUGUUGUGCAAAAUAUGCAUGGACAGUCAAAUCGACACAGCGUUCUUGCCUUGUGGACAUGUCUUAGCGUGUAAUAAUUGUGCCCUAAGGUGUGAAAAAUGCCCGAUUUGCAGGACUGACAUCAAACAACCCCAAAAACUCUUCUUGCCUGUGGAGUUCAGGGCAUUGGAGAGAAUAGAGUGUUGACUCCGGCAGACUCUUCCAAUUCCGGAAAAUUAUUUUUCUAUCCCUUCACCAUAGUGUAGAGAGACUAUGGACAUAGAAACCGUUUGAUGUCCCUUGAAUUAGCAUUGAAAUUUUGAUAUUUUUUUUUAAUUUGGAUCUCGUAGUUCCUCAGUUUUGUAGAAUUUGAAUUUGAUUUAGUAGCCAGUGCUCUCGAAGGGGCGGGGAUGAUUUGAAACCGAGAAAAUUGUUUUGUGGUACUUCCACCAGAAAUUUUCUUGUAUUUCAUAACGACGGUGUUCAAAACAUUUUCGCUCCUAGGAUGUGUUGAUUACUUGGCUUAAUAUCUCUUUCAGUGGUAUUUUCUUGUGUGGCUUAUUCAUAGCAUUAUGCAUUUUCUUGUUCAAAUUUAUUUUGAAUUUAUGAUUAAAUUUAGUUUUAUUUUUAUUGAAUUUCUGUGAUUUUUGUGGGUGCUGAAGAAAAUACCAAAUUUUCACCAGAAUGUACCUUACCAAUAAAAUUUAAUUAAUUGUUAAGAAAUGUUGUACUCAGUUGUCGAAUAUAAUUCCUUCUGCAAUACUAUGUCGUUUGAUAAAAUGAGAAAUGCCUAUGAAAAAUGACUUCAGUGUAUUUCUUUACAACUAAGUUUCUUUUUUUUUCACAAUUAUGCAGUAAGAAAACGAAUAUUAACAAUUUUUAUAUUAAAAAUCCCAUACUGAGGAAGCAUUUCAAGAAUCAUUUACCUUAUGUGAUUUUUUUGAUUAACAAGCUCAUAUUGAGAAUGUUUUAUUUAUUUACUAUGUAAAUUUUAGUUGAAAGUACUGAAUAAUGUUUCAUAAGUGUCGACAAUAGAAUGCAAGUUUAAUGUGAAAACAAUAAAUAUUAAUGUAGUCAUUAUCAAUGCAAAUAUUGUAGUUUUUAAGAUAAUAUCUGUAUAUAUGAGUUUUCUAUUUGGUCCUGACAGAUUGAUUCUAGAAUUUAUUGUAGGACUCAAGAGUGAUAAGAACUUUAUUUUGUGAUAAUUAUAAGAGUUAAUUGUUCAUAUAUCCGACUAAAACCUGGUAAAUUUUCUAUUGUUAGCCGACUAAUAACGAGUAUUUUAUGAGUAUUAUAAAUAUACAUGCUUAAACCUCUUCAAAAUAUAACCGAUAUUCCAUGAAA